GUGCCGCCGGCCUCAGCUCCAGCCCCGGUUUUGCCCCUCCGCCCCAUGGGCGUCCGAGGCGGCCGGUCGAGCUGGACCUGCUGCAGGCUGAGGGUGUAGGGAUCGGCGGAGGUCCCGGCUCGGGGCUGCCGCCCUGUCAGACUUGUUAAGAUGAAAAACUGCAGAAGGGCCUUCAGAAGAGGGAAAGAUAAACAACAUUGAAGAUUAAAAACAAAACAAAACAAACAUUGUGCCUUUAGAUGUUCUGGAAAAGCAUCAGCCAUGGAUCAAAGGAAGAAUGACAGCAUUGUUCCCAGUAUCACUCAAUUAGAAGAUUUUCUUACAGAACACAAUUCAAAUGUUGUUUGGCUUCUUGUUGCUACCAUUUUGUCUUGUGGAUGGAUUAUUUAUCUCACAUACUAUAAUUCUAGGAAUGUUGGUCUUAUUUUAACACUGGUUCUUAACAGAUUGUAUAAGCAUGGCUACAUCCAUAUUGGUUCCUUCUCUUUUUCUGUUCUUUCUGGAAAAGUCAUGGUCCGUGAAAUAUAUUAUAUUACAGAAGACAUGUCUAUUAGGAUUCAAGAUGGAUUCAUCAUUUUUCGGUGGUGGAAAAUGUAUAAUCCAAAGCAGAAACAACAUGAUCCAAAGGCAGAAACCAGAUUAUAUAUCACAGUUAAUGACUUUGAGUUUCAUGUCUACAAUCGUUCUGACCUUUAUGGACACCUUCAAGAGUUGUUUGGUUUGGAGCCAACUAUAAUCCCACCCAAGAAAGAUGAUGAUAAAACCCGGGAAAAUGGAAGAACAAGAACUCAGUCCAAAAUUGAAAGAGUUAAAGUGAAAACAGAAUCUCAAGACCCCACAUCUUCAUGGAGAUCGCUUAUUCCAGUCAUUAAGGUCAAUGUGAGCACAGGACGUUUGGCCUUUGGGAAUCAUUACCAACCUCAGACUCUAUGCAUCAAUUUUGAUGAUGCUUUCUUAACUUAUACUACAAAACCACCUUCAAGUCAUCUUGACCAAUUCAUGCACAUUGUGAAAGGAAAGCUUGAAAAUGUUCGAGUCAUGCUUGUUCCUAGCCCAAGAUAUGUUGGUCUACAAAAUGAUGAACCACCAAGACUAAUGGGAGAAGGUUUUGUGGUGAUGCAGUCGAAUGACGUUGACAUCUACUAUUACAUGGAUGAGCCAGGACUUGUUCCAGAAGAAACAGAAGAGAGUAUAGAAGGAGAAAUAAGCAGUGAAGACUGCAAAUUACAAGACUUACCUCCAUGCUGGGGACUAGAUAUUGUUUGUGGUAAAGGAACAGAUUUUAAUUAUGGACCCUGGGCUGACAGGCAGAGAGAUUGUUUAUGGAAGUUUUUCUUUCCACCUGACUAUCAAGUUCUGAAAGUUUCUGAGAUUGCACAGCCUGGAAGACCAAGACAGAUCCUUGCAUUUGAACUACGAAUGAAUAUUAUUGCAGAUGCCACCAUUGACUUGCUGUUUACUAAAAACAGGGAAACAAAUGCUGUACAUGUAAAUGUAGGGGCUGGCUCAUAUUUAGAAAUUAAUAUUCCAAUGACAGUUGAAGAAAAUGGUUAUACCCCUGCAAUUAAAGGACAGCUAUUACAUGUUGAUGCUACUACCAGCAUGCAAUAUCGGACCCUUCUAGAAGCAGAAAUGUUAGCAUUCCAUAUCAAUGCCAGCUAUCCUAGAAUUUGGAACAUGCCACAGACGUGGCAGUGUGAAUUAGAGGUUUAUAAAGCCACAUACCACUUCAUCUUUGCACAGAAGCACUUCUUUACAGAUCUAAUUCAAGACUGGUCUAGUGAUAAUGCUCCAGACAUUUUUUCAUUUGUUCCAUACACUUGGAAUUUUAAAAUUAUGUUUCAUCAAUUUGAAAUGAUUUGGGCUGCCAAUCAACAUAACUGGAUUGACUGUUCCACUAAACAACAGGAAAACGUAUAUCUGGCAGCCUGUGGGGAAACCCUGAACAUUGACUUUUCUUUGCCUUUUACGGACUUUGUUCCAGCUACAUGCAAUACCAGAUUCUCCUUACGAGGAGAAGAUGUUGAUCUUCAUUUAUUUCUACCAGAUUGCCACCCUAGUAAAUAUUCAUUAUUUAUGUUGGUAAAGAAUUGUCACCCAAAUAAAAUGGUUCCUGAAACUGGUAUUCCUGCUGAGUGUCAGAGUGGCCAGAAAACCGUUAAACCAAAAUGGCGCAACAUUACUCAGGAAAAGGCUGGUUGGGUUGAAUGCUGGACUGUCCCAAGUGUCAUGCUUACCAUUGAUUAUACCUGGCAUCCAAUUUAUCCACAAAAAGCAGAUGAACAGCUUAAACAGUCAUUGUCAGAAAUGGAAGAAACAAUGCUAUCUGUAUUAAGGCCAGCCCAGAAAACAUCAGAGAGAGUUGUUUCUUCUCCAUCUACCUCACCACGACCUCCUGUUGAUCCCUCAGAACUUCCACCUGAUAAGCUUCAUGUAGAGAUGGAAUUGUCCCCAGAUUCACAAAUAACACUCUAUGGACCUCUGUUAAAUGCCUUUUUGUGUAUAAAGGAAAACUACUUUGGAGAAGAUGACAUGUAUAUGGAUUUUGAAGAGGUCAUUUCAAGCCCUGUUUUGUCACUGUCAACAUCCUCUAGUUCUGGGUGGACCGCUGUUGCAAUGGACAAUGACAAAAAGGAAAAUGAAAGUUCAGCUAAAUCAGUUCAUCCACUUUCCUUGCGUCCCUGGGAUAUUACUGUACUUGUUAAUUUGUAUAAAGUUCAUGGGCGUCUUCCUGUGCAUGGAACUACUGAUGGUCCUGAGUGUCCAACAGCAUUCUUGGAAAGACUGUGUUUUGAAAUGAAAAAAGGAUUCAGGGAGACCAUGCUGCAGCUUGUCCUGUCACCCCUGAAUGUGUUUGUCAGUGAUAAUUAUCAGCAGCGACCACCUGUGGAUGAAGCACUCAGGGAAGGUCACAUCAAUUUGUCAGGUCUUCAGCUGAGAGCACAUGCCAUGUUCUCAGCUGAAGGUCUUCCCUUAGGAAGUGACUCCUUAGAAUAUGCGUGGCUCAUUGAUGUGCAGGCUGGAAGCCUUACAGCUAAAGUCACAGCACCACAGCUGGCAUGUCUCUUAGAAUGGGGGCAGACAUUUGUUUUCCAUGUGGUAUGUCGGGAGUAUGAACUGGAAAGACCAAAGUCAAUAAUAAUAUGCCAACAUGGAAUUGAUCGUCGGUUCUGUGAAUCCAAGCUGAGCUGUAUCCCUGGGCCUUGUCCAGCCUCAGAUGACUUAAAAUACACCAUGACUCGUCUAGCAGUAGAUGCGGCAGACGUUUACAUUGUGGAGCAUGGCUGUGCUACAAACAUAAAGAUGGGCGCAAUUCGAGUUGCAAACUGUAAUCUUCACAAUCAGUCAGUUGGGGAAGGAAUAAGUGCUGCAAUUCAGGACUUUCAAGUGAGACAGUAUAUUGAACAAUUAAAUAACUGCAGGAUCGGGCUUCAGCCAGCAGUGCUACGGAGAGCCUACUGGCUGGAAGCUGGGUCAGCCACCUUAGGUCUCAUUACAGUUGAUAUUGCAUUAGCUGCUGAUCAUCAUUCUAAACAUGAGGCACAAAGACAUUUCUUGGAAACUCACGAUGCCAGAACCAAAAGGUUGUGGUUUUUGUGGCCAGAUGAUACUUUAAAGAAUAAGAGGUGCAGAAACAAGUGUGGCUGUCUUGGUGGCUGCAGAUUCUUUGGUGGCACAGUAACUGGCUUAGAUUUCUUCAAACUUGAAGAGCUGACACCUUCCAGUAGCUCUGCAUUUUCAAGCACAAGUGCAGAGUCUGAUAUGUAUUAUGGCCAGUCUUUGCUACAGCCUGGAGAAUGGAUCAUUACUAAAGAAAUCCCCAAAACUGUAGAUGGUAAUGUGAAUGGUAUGAAGAGGAAAGAAUGGGAAAACAAAUCAGUGGGAAUAGAGGUAGAGAGAAAAACUCAGCACCUUAGCCUUCAGGUGCCCUUACGGUCUCAUAGUUCAUCCUCUUCCUCAGAGGAGAACAGUAGCUCCAGUGCUGCACAGCCGUUACUUGCCGGUGAGAAGGAAAGUCCCUCUUCUGUUGCUGAUGACCACUUGGUUCAGAAAGAUUUCUUACAAGGUACCAAAAGAGAUGAUGGCCAAGCAAGUAUUCCUACAGAAAUCUCGGGAACCAGUCCUGUGUCUCCUAACACCCAAGAGAAGUCAGUAGGACAGUCUCCUCUCAGGUCUCCUCUGAAGCGGCAAGCCUCUGUGUGCUCCACCCGACUUGGCAGUACUAAGAGUCUCACUGCUGCUUUUUAUGGAGAUAAACAGCCUGUUACAGUUGGAGUCCAGUUUAGUAGUGAUGUCUCUCGAAGUGAUGAAAAUGUACUAGACUCACCAAAACAGAGAAGAAGUUUUGGUUCAUUCCCGUACACACCAUCAGCUGACUCGAAUUCAUUUCAUCAGUAUCGGUCAAUGGAUUCCAGUAUGUCAAUGGCUGAUAGUGAAGCCUACUUCUCUGCAGCUGAAGAAUUUGAGCCCAUUAGCAGUGAUGAAGGCCCUGGAACUUAUCCUGGUAGAAAAAAGAAGAAAAAGCAAAUGCAGCAGAUUGACUACAGUAGGGGUUCUAUAUAUCACAGUGUAGAAGGACCCCUUACUGUCCAUGCAGAAAGCAUUACAGAUCCCCGAACUCUCCCAUUCAAAACUCAUCCUUCCCAGGCUUCCUUUGUUUCUGCAUUAGGUGGAGAAGAUGAAGUCAUAGAACAUCUGUACAUUGUGGAAGGUGAGAAAACAGGAGAGACUGAGCAGAUCAUGUAUCAGCAGCCUGUGAUGAGUUGCUAUCAGACUUACCUUACUCAGUUUCAGGUAGUUAACUGGUCAGUUAAACAUCCUACCAACAAAAGAACCUCCAAGUCCUCAUUGCAUCGUCCCCUUGACCUAGAUACACCAACCAGUGAAGAAAGUUCCUCAUCAUUUGAACAGCUUUCUGUUCCAACAUUUAAGGUCAUCAAACAGGGACUCACUGCUAAUUCUUUGUUAGACAGAGGGAUGCAACUUUCAGGAUCAACUUCAAACACACCAUAUACUCCACUGGACAAGAAAAUUGUUGAUAAUACAGAUGAUGAAACAUUAACAGAAGAAUGGACACUGGGUCAGCCUGUUGCUCAGACGAAGACCACAGCCAUUGUUGAAGUAAAGGGAACUGUUGAUGUUGUUCUGACUCCACUGGUGGCUGAAGCCUUAGACCGAUAUAUUGAAGCUAUGGUUCACCGUGCUAGCACCCGGCACCCAGCUGCUAUUGUAGAUGAUCUUCACAGUAAAGUCCUUAGAGAAGCUGUCCAAAAUAGCAAGACCACAUUCUCAGAAAAUUUAUCCCCCAAGCAAGAUGUUCGAGGAACCAAAACUGAGCAUCCUGUGAUAGGAACAACUAACCAAGGACAAAUUCAGACAAAUGUCACAACGAAGCAAGAUAACGUGACAAUUAAAGGUCUGCAGGCUAACGUGAGCAUUCCAAAGGUUAAUUUAUGCUUGUUACAAGCAUCGGUGGAAGAAUCUCCAGCCAUAGUUCCUAGUAGAAGUGUGACUCAUGUUUCCCUGGUGGCUUUGUGUUUUGACAGAAUUGCUACGCAAGUUCGUAUGAACAGAGGUGUGGUUGAAGAGACUUCAAAUAAUGUAGACCCCAGUAAAACAUCACAUUUUGAUAGAUACAUUCAUGCCAGCAAGAUGCAGCCUCAGUCAUCUGGGUCUCUUAGGUCAAAUGCUGGAGCAGAGAAAGGCAAAGAAAUUGCUGCCAGGUUAAACAUCCAUCGAGUCCACGGCCAACUUAGAGGUCUUGAUACUACAGACAUUGGGACCUGUGCCAUCACUGCCAUUCCCUUUGAGAAGUCCAAAGUUUUAUUUACUCUUGAAGAAUUGGACGAAUUUACUUUUGUAGAUGAGACAGAUCAACAAGCUAUCCCAGAUGUUACACGGAUAGGUCCCAGUCAAGAAAAAUGGGGCUGGAUAAUGUUUGAAUGUGGAAUUGAAAAUUUAACUAUAAAAGGAGGAAGACAGUCUGGUGCAGUUUUAUAUAACAGUUUUGGAAUUAUGGGUAAAACUAGUGUCACAGAAAGGGGUGGAGUGCUGACAUCCAAUAAUUCUUCUGAUUCUCCUACGGGCAGUGGCUACAAUACUGAUGUCUCUGAUGAUAACCUUCCCUGUGACCGAACCAGUCCUUCCUCUGACAUAAAUGGAAACUCAGUUUCAGAUGAGCAAGAUGAAGGAGUUGAAUCUGAUGAUUUGAAAAAAGAUCUACCUCUAAUGCCACCACCUCCAGAUUCAUGUAGCAUGAAGUUGACCAUUAAAGAAAUUUGGUUUAGUUUUGCAGCUCCAACCAAUGUGAGAUCUCCAACACAUGCAUUUUCCAGGCAGCUGAACCUUCUAAGCACUGCAACCCCAGCUGUUGGUGCAUGGCUGGUUCCUAUUGAUCAACUCAAGUCAUCCUUAAACAAAUUAGAGACUGAGGGAACCUUGCGAAUUUGUGCUGUUAUGGGAUGCAUAAUGACAGAAGCAUUAGAGAAUAAAAGUGUACAUUUUCCUCUAAGAAGUAAAUACAAUAGACUUACGAAAGUUGCUCGCUUUCUCCAAGAAAAUCCUUCAUGUUUAUUAUGUAAUAUUCUACACCACUAUCUUCAUCAAGCAAAUUACUCCAUCAUUGAUGAUGCCACAAUGAGUGAUGGGCUUCCUGCACUGGUAACUUUAAAGAAAGGAUUAGUUGCUUUGGCAAGGCAGUGGAUGAAGUUCAUUGUGGUGACACCUGCCUUUAAAGGAGUUAGCUUACACAGACCAGCUCAGCCACUGAAACCUCCAGCUACUGUGGACCAUGAACAUGAAGAUGGACUUGGCCUGGACAAUGGAGGUGGUCUUCAAAGUGAUACUAGUGCUGAUGGUGCAGAAUUUGAGUUCGAUGCAGCCACAGUCAGUGAGCACACAAUGCUCCUAGAAGGAACAGCUAACCGGCCACCACCUGGAAGUUCUGGACCUGUCACUGGAGCUGAAAUAAUGAGGAAGCUUUCUAAAACUCAUACCCAUAGUGACUCUGCAUUAAAAAUAAAGGGCAUUCAUCCGUAUCAUUCUCUGAGCUACACCAGUGGAGACACUGCUACAGAUUCCCCAGUACACGUUGGGCGUGCUGGGAUGCCAGUAAAGGAGAGUCCAAGGAAAGAGAGCCUUCUCAGCUAUCUGACUGGAAGCUUCCCAAGCCUGCACAACCUUCUGGAAGGCACUCCUCAGAGAAGUAGUGCAGCUGUGAAAAGUAGCUCCCUAACAAGAACAGGAAAUACAGUGGCCACUGACAUGCUGUCUGAACAUCCUUUGUUAUCUGAGCCAUCAUCUGUGAGUUUUUAUAACUGGAUGUCAAAUGCUGUGGGUAAUCGUGGAAGUGUGGUUCAGGAAUCUCCUGUUACAAAGUCAGGACAUAACAGUCUUCCAACAGGAGUUGCACCCAAUCUUCCUACAAUACCCUCAGCCUCAGAUUUCAACACCGUCUUGUCUAGUGAUCAAAAUACUCUGGAUGGGACACAUUCUCAGCACAGUACUAGUCAAGAUGAUGUGGUAGGGGUGGAAGAAGCCAAUCAAGGGUUUCCUGCUGUUCAGCUUGCUGAUGCACAGGUCGUUUUUAAACCUCUCCUGAGUCAUACUGGGAUCCAGUCACAGGACACAAUGCCCCUUUGUUACCGGAUGUACUUUGGAGAACACCUUUCAUUUUCAGGAACUUUGGACUGCCUCAGAGCAGAUAUUGUAGAUUCAGACACAGCUAAAGACAGGAAAGGCAAAAGAGCAAGAAGGCAAGGCCAUGUGAAUCUUCCCCCACUUGAGUUCAAGCCAGCACUAAUGUUGGAAACCUUCAGCAUCAGUGCUGUUGUGAUGGAAAAGUCAGUGUGCACUCCUCAGAACUCCACCAGUGCCCUUUCCUUUCAUGAUCUCAACAAGCGCUAUUACAACACCUUCCACUGCAACUUCACUAUUUCCUGUCAGUCAAUAAGUCAGCAUGUAGAUAUGGCUUUGGUUCGUCUUAUCCAUCAAUUCAGUACAAUGAUAGAUGACAUCAAAGCAACUCAGACAGACAUUAAACUUAGUAGAUACACAGCCGGAUCGGCUUCCCCUACACCUACCUUCAAAACCAGAAAACAUCGGGAUUUCCGAUCCUCUGACUUCAGCCGCAGUUCUAGAGGAAGCCUGAAUGGUGGCAACAGAGUAAACAAUGCCAAGAACAAACGGACCAACAAUGAGAACAACAAAAAAGAAUCCCGAAAUAAAAACUCACUUGGAAGGUCUGAGAGAAGAACUUCAAAAGUAUCGAGGAAAGGCUCAAAGGAUGUGGUGGAUCACAUGACCAUUCAUAUGGAUGAUUCAGAUUCCAUUACAGUGUCAGAGCAAAGUGAGCCAUCAGCUGAAUGCUGGCAGAAUAUGUACAAAUUGCUUAACUUCUAUUCACUUAUCUCUGACCCAACAGGAAUAUUGGAAAAAUCCUCAGAAACAUUCGGACCAGCAGGUGUUCGGAGUCCUACGGAGCCAACAUGUAGAGUUGUGUUUGAGAAUGAACAAGACAACAACAGUUUGACUAAAACACAGAGGAAACGAAGUCUGGUCACCUCUGAACCUCAACAUGUUACUUUAAUUGUGUUUGGGAUUGGCAUGGUGAACCGCACACAUCUAGAGGCAGAUAUUGGUGGGCUGACAAUGGAAUCAGAACUGAAGAGGAUCCAUGGCAGUUUCACCCUCAAGGAAAAAAUGAAAGAUGUUUUACAUCAAAAGAUGACUGAGACAUGUGCUACUGCUCACAUUGGUGGGGUUAAUAUUGUGCUGCUUGAAGGGAUCACACCAAAUAUACAAUUGGAGGAUUUUCCUACAUCUCCUACAAGUACAGCCAAACAAGAGUUUCUAACUGUCGUGAAAUGUAGUAUUGCCAAGUCCCAAGCCCUCUACAGUGCCCAGAGGGGGCUGAAGACAAACAAUGCUGCAGUGUUCAAAGUAGGAGCUAUCAGCAUCAACAUUCCUCAGCACCCUGCCACCUUACACAGCAUGAUGGUUCGAAGUUCUCACCAACUAUCCAAACAAAUCUCAGACCUUAUUAGACAACCUUCCACAGCCCCACAGCCUAUGAAAGAAGAUAUUGCAACCCCACUGCCAUCUGAAAAAACUCCAACAAGUGUUAAUCAAACUCCUAUUGAAACAAAUGAAUUCCCUCAACUUCCAGAAGGCUUAGAGAAGAAGCCUAUUGUUCUCAAAUUCAGCGCCAUGUUAGAUGGCAUAGCCAUUGGAGCAGCACUUUUACCAUCUCUGAAAGCAGAGUACAAGAUGGGGAGAAUGAGAAGCCAUGGAAUGACAGGUGCACAGACAAGAUUUACAUUUGAGUUACCAAAUCACAGAUUACGUUUUACUUCAAAAGUUUCUGCGACAGAUAUGUCAACUAUCCCUCCUUCUGCAAGUCUUAACCUUCCACCUGUUACCAUGUCAGGGAAAUACAUUAUGGAAGAACAUGAUAGUUACUCAGAUCAAGUGUGGAGUAUAGAUGAACUGCCUUCUAAACAAGGGUACUAUUUACAAGGGAAUUAUCUACGUUGUGUGGCAGAAGUUGGUUCCUUUGAACACAAUCUCACAACAGAUCUUCUAAACCACUUGGUGUUUGUACAGAAAGUGUUCAUGAAGGAAGUGAAUGAAGUAAUACAGAAGGUGUCUGGUGGGGAGCAGCCUAUUCCUCUCUGGAAUGAACAUGAUGGAACAGCCGAUGGAGAUAAGCCGAAAAUUCUCCUCUAUUCCUUGAAUUUACAGUUUAAGGGCAUUCAAGUAACAGCCACCACCCCUUCAAUGAGAGCUGUGAGAUUUGAAACUGGACUGAUUGAAUUGGAACUUUCAAACCGACUUCAAACCAAAGCUUCACCAGGAAGUAGCAGCUAUUUGAAACUAUUUGGUAAAUGCCAAGUGGAUUUAAAUCUGGCAUUAGGGCAAAUUGUCAAACAUCAGGUUUAUGAGGAAGCUGGCUCUGAUUUUCAUCAGGUUGCCUAUUUUAAAACUAGAAUUGGCUUAAGGAAUGCCCUUCGAGAGGAAAUCAGUGGUUCUUCAGAUAGGGAAGCUGUGCUUAUUACCUUGAAUAGACCAAUUGUUUAUGCACAACCUGUGGCCUUUGACAGAGCUGUACUAUUUUGGCUGAAUUAUAAGGCCGCCUAUGACAACUGGAAUGAACAACGAAUGGCUUUACAUAAGGAUAUUCAUAUGGCUACAAAGGAGGUGGUAGACAUGCUCCCUGGUAUCCAGCAAACAUCAGCCCAGGCCUUUGGGACUCUCUUCCUCCAGCUGACUGUGAAUGAUCUAGGAAUUUGCCUCCCCAUAACAAAUACUGCACAGUCUAAUCACACUGGAGACCUUGAUACUGGCUCUGCUCUGGUGCUGACCAUUGAAAGUACUCUCAUCACUGCAUGUUCCUCAGAGUCCCUGGUUAGCAAAGGCCACUUCAAGAACUUUUGUAUCCGUUUUGCUGAUGGUUUUGAGACGUCGUGGGAUGACUGGAAACCAGAAAUCCGUGGAGAUCUAGUAAUGAAUGCUUGUGUAGUUCCAGAUGGCACCUAUGAGGUUUGUUCAAGGACUACAGGACAAGCUGCAGCUGAAAGUAGUAGUGCUGGAACCUGGACGCUCAAUGUAUUGUGGAAAAUGUGUGGGAUUGAUGUCCACAUGGAUCCUAACAUUGGCAAAAGGCUUAAUGCUCUGGGCAACACCCUUACAACACUGACAGGAGAGGAAGACAUAGAUGACAUUGCUGACCUCAAUUCAGUGAACAUAGCUGACCUGUCAGAUGAAGAUGAAGUCGAUACUAUGUCUCCCACAAUCCACACUAGUUCAGAUGGAAGUUCAGUAAGUGGAGAUGGCCACAGACUCACCUUUGGGCAGCGACUUGUAAAUCACCUACUAGGCCUGGCACCCCCAAAUCAGCGCUAUUCUGUUCCUGCAGAGUAUCUGUGUGAUUCAGAGAUGCGGGGCUCCCCUCAGUCUAGCCAGGCCCAUUUGAAAGCAUGCAGAGCACACUCAUGGGGAAACGAAGCUGUAGAUUAUCGAAGACAAGGAACAUCUUCUAGUCAGCCAGGGGAACCGAGAGGAAGAAAGAUUAUGAAACGUUUAGUGGACAUCAGAGAACUGAAUGAACAGGCCAAAGUAAUAGAUGAUCUCAAAAAAUUGGGUGCAAGUGAAGGAACCAUAAACCAGGAAAUUCAGCGUUACCAGCAGUUGGAGUCUGUGGCUGUGAAUGACAUCCGAAGAGAUGUUCGUAAAAAGUUACGGAGAUCCAGUAUGCGAGCUGCUUCCCUCAAAGAUAAAUGGGGUUUAGGUUACAAACCAAGUUACAGCCGAUCAAAGAGCAUUUCGGCUUCUGGAAGACCACCUCUUAAAAGAAUGGAAAGAGCAAGUUCUCGCAUAGGAGAAACUGAUGAGCUCCCGGAAAUCCGUGUGGAUGCAGCAUCUCCUGGACCCAGAGUAACUUUUAACAUCCAGGAUACAUUGAAAAAUACAGUAUGGGGAAGUUCACCACAGUCCAGCUCUCCAGGGGAAGGGUACUUUCAGUUUCCAGAGGAAACAGAACUGGAUCUUUUGUCAGUAACUAUUGAAGGCCCAUCACAUUACUCAGCACAUACUGAAGGACCGUGUUCAGUGUUCAGCUCUCCCAAAACCCCAGGAAGCUUUUCACCAGGUGUUCCUCUCCAAUCAGAAGAUGGCCGAAGGGAUGACAGUCUGUCUUCUACCAGUGAAGACUCUGAGAAGGAUGAAAAAGAUGAAGACCGUGAAAGGGAAAGAUUUUAUAUUUACAGGAAACCCUCACAUACCGCUCGGAAGAAAGCAACAGGCUUCGCUGCUGUUCAUCAGCUUCUUACUGAACGCUGGCCUACAACACCAGUCAACCGAAAUCUUAGUGGCACAGCUACUGAGAGAAAUAUUGACUUUGAACUUGAUAUACGGGUUGAAAUUGACAGUGGAAAAUGUGUCCUUCACCCAACCACCCUUCUGCAGGAGCAUGAUGAUAUAAGUUUAAGAAGGAGUUAUGAUCGAAGCUCUAGGAGUUUAGAUCAAGAUUCUCCUUCAAAAAAGAAAAAAUUUCAAACAAAUUAUGCUUCUACCACACAUUUAAUGACUGGCAAGAAAGUCCCAUCUUCUCUGCAGACAAAGACCAGUGACUUAGAAACAACAGUAUUUUACAUUCCUGGAGUAGAUGUAAAGUUGCAUUACAAUUCUAAGACACUAAAGACUGAAUCACCUAAUGCCUCCAGAGGAUCUUCCUUGCCUAGAACACUCUCCAAAGAGUCCAAGCUGUAUGGUAUGAAAGAUAACGCAGCAUCUCCUUCUUCUCCUUUACCUUGCACUGUCCAGAGCAAGACUAACACCUUACUUCCUCCCCAACCCCCACCUAUUCCCUCAGCCAAAGGAAAAGGAAGUGGAGGAGUAAAAACAGCCAAGCUAUAUGCCUGGGUAGCACUUCAGUCAUUACCAGAAGAAAUGGUUAUUAGUCCUUGUCUGUUGGACUUUCUGGAAAAGGCUCUGGAAACUAUCCCAAUUACUCCAAUUGAAAGGAAUUAUACAGCGGUCAGCUCACAAGAUGAAGAUAUGGGACACUUUGAAAUCCCAGAUCCUAUGGAGGAAUCAACAACAUCCCUAGUGUCAUCUUCGACGUCUGCUUACUCUUCCUUUCCUGUAGAUGUUGUGGUUUACGUGCGAGUUCAGCCUUCACAGAUCAAAUUUAGCUGUUUGCCAGUUUCAAGAGUAGAAUGCAUGCUGAAGCUACCGUCUCUGGACUUAGUGUUUUCUUCAAACCGAGGAGAACUGGAGACUUUGGGGACUACAUACCCUGCAGAGACCUUAUCCCCUGGUGGUAGUGCUCCUCAGAGUGCAGCAAAGACCUCUGCCAGCAAAGCUGGAAUGCCAGGUUCAUCAGGAUUAGGCAGUCCACUUGGCCGAAGUCGACACAGCAGCAGUCAGUCAGAUCUGACUGGUUCCAGCAGCAGCUCAUCUGGCCUGAGCUUCACUGCAUGCAUGUCCGACUUUUCCCUAUAUGUGUUUCACCCCUAUGGUGCAGGGAAACAGAAAUCUACUGUUUCUGGUCUCACAUCUGGAUCAGGAGGACUAGGGAAUGUGGAUGAAGAACCUACUUCAGUCACCGGUCGAAAAGACUCACUAAGUAUAAACCUUGAGUUUGUAAAAGUGAGCUUGUCUCGGAUAAGGCGCUCAGGGGGUGCCUCAUUUUUUGAAAGUCAGUCUGUAAGCAAGUCUGCAAGCAAAAUGGACACUACAUUAAUCAAUAUAUCUGCUGUUUGUGAUAUAGGGUCUGCUUCAUUCAAGUAUGAUAUGCGCCGACUCAGUGAAAUCCUGGCAUUUCCAAGAGCUUGGUAUAGGAGAAGUAUUGCAAGGCGCCUGUUCCUUGGAGACCAAACUGUAAAUUUGCCAACAUCUGGUCCAGGGACACCUGAUUCCAUUGAAGGGGUGAGCCAGCACCUUUCUCCUGAGUCAUCAAGGAAAGCAUACUGCAGGACAUGGGAUCAGCCAAGUCAGUCAGCCUCUUUCACCCAUAUGCCUCAGUCACCCAAUGUGUUCAGUGAGCACAUGACCAAUAAUACCAUGUCACCAGGGACAGCAGCACAGAGCCUCAAGUCUCCCGCUUCUAUAAGAUCAAGGAGUGUGUCAGACUCUUCGGUUCCUAGAAGAGAUUCAAUUUCAAAAACAUCAACUCCUGUUAACAAAUCAAACAAAGCAGCAAGCCAGCAAGGAACACCAUGGGAGACACUUGUUGUAUUCGCUAUCAACUUGAAACAACUAAACGUUCAAAUGAAUAUGAGUAAUGUCAUGGGAAAUACAACUUGGACAACUAGUGGUUUGAAAAGCCAAGGUCGGCUUUCUGUAGGAAGUAACCGUGAUCGAGAGAUUAGCAUGUCUGUUGGUCUGGGAAGGUCACAAUUAGAUUCCAAAGGAGGAGUAGUUGGUGGGACGAUUGAUGUCAAUGCUUUGGAGAUGGUUGCUCAUAUAUCUGAACAUCCAAAUCAGCAACCCAGCCACAAAAUACAGAUUACCAUGGGUUCUACUGAAUCUCGGGUUGAUUACAUGGGCUCAAGUAUCCUCAUGGGUAUCUUCAGUAAUGCUGAUCUUAAGCUUCAGGAUGAAUGGAAAGUAAACUUAUAUAACGCUUUGGAUUCAAGCAUGACUGAUAAAAGUGAGAUUUUUGUGCAUGGAGAUUUGAAAUGGGAUAUUUUUCAAGUAAUGAUAUCAAGAUCAACCACACCAGACCUGAUAAAAAUAGGAAUGAAGCUUCAAGAGUUUUUCACACAACAGUUUGAUACUAGUAAACGAGCCCUGUCGACCUGGGGACCUGUUCCUUAUCUUCCACCCAAGACAAUGACAAACAACCUGGAGAAAAACUCACAAGAACAAUUGCUUGACGCUGCACACCAUCGACAUUGGCCUGGGGUGUUAAAGGUGGUAUCUGGAUGCCACAUAUCCUUAUUUCAGAUCCCAUUACCAGAAGAUGGGAUGCAGUUUGGAGGAUCCAUGAGCUUACAUGGAAAUCAUAUGACCCUGGCUUGUUUUCAUGGUCCAAAUUUCCGUUCAAAAUCCUGGGCCCUUUUUCAUUUAGAAGAACCAAAUAUUGCCUUUUGGACUGAAGCUCAGAAAAUCUGGGAAGAUGGUUCUAGUGAUCACUCUACAUACAUUGUUCAAACACUGGAUUUUCAUUUGGGUCAUAAUACCAUGGUUACCAAACCGUGUGGUGCUCUUGAAAGUCCCAUGGCAACAAUAACCAAGAUAACAAGGCGUCGCCAUGAAAACCCACCCCAUGGAGUAGCAAGUGUAAAAGAAUGGUUCAACUAUGUCACUGCCACAAGGAAUGAAGAGUUAAACUUACUUCGUAAUGUUGAUGCUAAUAACACGGAGAACAGUACUACUGUGAAGAAUUCUAGUUUGUUGAGUGGGUUCAGAGGAGGUUCUAGCUACAGCCAUGAAACAGAGACUAUCUUUGCAUUACCAAGGAUGCAGCUUGAAUUUAAAUCAAUUCAUGUUCAAGAACCACAGGAGCCUUCAUUACAAGAUGCCAGUUUGAAACCCAAGGUAGAGUGCAGUGUGGUGACAGAGUUCACUGACCACAUCUGUGUGACUAUGGAUGCUGAGCUCAUCAUGUUUCUCCACGAUCUAGUGUCAGCAUAUCUGAAAGAAAAAGAAAAGGCCAUUUUUCCACCUCGGAUUCUAUCUACUCGACCAGGACAAAAAUGUCCAAUUAUUAUACAUGAUGAUAAUUCCUCUGACAGAGACAGAGAAGACAGUAUCACUUACACUACUGUGGACUGGCGAGACUUUAUGUGCAACACAUGGCAUCUGGAGCCUACUCUCAGAUUAAUUUCUUGGACUGGAAGAAAAAUUGAUCCAGUAGGCGUUGAUUAUAUUCUUCAAAAACUAGGCUUUCACCAUGCCAGGACUACUAUUCCCAAAUGGCUUCAGAGAGGAGUGAUGGACCCACUGGAUAAGGUGCUGUCUGUUCUCAUCAAAAAACUUGGCACUGCACUGCAGGAUGAAAAGGAAAGGAAAGGAAAAGACAAAGAAGAGCACUAGAAUAGUAACUUGAUCUGUGAAAAAAAAAUGAUUGUGUCCGUUAAGUUUUAUUACACUGAAAUUUUUUUCAGCAUAUUAAUUUAAAAUAACUAAUUUUAUGGCCAUUAUUUUAACACUUUGUAGGUUAAUCUGUUUAUUCUAGCACUACCAUUCUGUAUAUAGUAAAGUAUUGCAUGAGAAUGUAAAUUUUGUAGAAAAACUAAAUUAAAAUAUACACAUCUGCUCAUUAAAGUUUAAAGAUUGUUUUAUGUGCAGUAUGAUUACUGCAUUUAAAAUAUUUGCAGAGUAACUGUGAAUUUUUUGUUAUUGGCCAUAAUUUUAGAAAAAAAUCUUGUUGAUAAUGUGAUUGGGGGUCGUUUUUUUUUUAAUGUAGACUUGUAUAAAGAUCUAUUUGUAUAUAAUUUGAGUAAUUGUGAUGAUUGUAUACCACAAAAAUGUUGUUUGUAACUAUUGUAAUAAAGUCACAAUAAUGGCUUCAGUCUA